UAACUUCAUUUCAUAAAUAAUAUAAUAGUUAAAAUGUCAAGCAAGAAAGAUCUUAGAAAAGCCGAAAAUAAAUCGCAUGUCUUUGAAGAGCUCGAGAAAAUGGUUAAAGCGCAAACGGAAUCGAAGAUGAGACUUGCGGCCAAACUAAGUUCGAGACUUACUUCCUCGACUAUGUUUGAUGAAGAUGUUAUCCGAAGAGAGAAACGAAGACGAUUGGAAACAAAGAAGGAAAUCACAAAGAUGAGAGCUGAACUGCCCGAGUAUGAUCUUAAUGAUAUAAGAUUCUUUAAGCUUCCAUACCAUGAAGCAUUAAUGUUAAUGCUUGAAGAAAAUGGGUGUGAUGCUUCUUUAGGAUAUCUCGAGCAGCUUUUCGAACACGACGAGCGGCUACACAAAGAAGCUGGUCCUCAAAGUUUCAUAUGGAAUUGCCCUUAUUUAAAACAUAGUGACAACGAACUGAAGAAGUUAAGUGAUGCUUUAGUAGAAGCCGAGAAAGAAAACAAAAGUGGAAACCAUCGCAAAGAAUCAGAAAUUCUGUUGAAGGUAGCCAUCGAUUUUGCUUUUAACUAUAAUACCUGGUACUGGUUGGCCGAAGAAUUAAUUAUUCAAUGUAUAAGUAUUUCCCGAAAGUCUGGAGUAACUGGAAGACAUGAGGCUACUUCAAGAUUUAUUUAUGCCAAAUUAUUGAUUGAUAGAGCUAAAGAAUAUGAUAGUGCAGAAAGGGAACUUAACAUAGUCCGAGAUCUAUCAAAAGGAAAAAGCUGGAACGUCAAGGGGUUUAACAUAAGACAGAGCGGCUCUGAUAAAUCUGAUACGCUCUAUAUGAAUGCCAACUAUUUGCUUCAUCUUUGCUACAUAAGAACUGCUCGAAGCUAUCAAAAAACUGAUUUACUGAAAGCCCUUGAAUUUGCAACGCUUGCAAAAAAACGAGCAGGUCAAGCAUGUUACUAUAAUGGCGAAACAAUGGCCUUAUUUAUAAAAGGCCAGUGUGAAUUAAACCUGGGAAAUACCAAAGAGGCUUGCAAUACUUUUAAUAAAGCUUAUUACAUCCAGUCCAAGUUAAAUUCAGAAAAGGGCAUAUGUGAAACCAGAGUGGAACUAUCUAAAGCAUACUUAAUGCAUGGAAAUACUCGGUUAGCUUUAAAAACUCUUAUGGAUUUAAAAACUAUGGCUGAAGAACAUGGGUUGCAAUAUUAUUUGGCGCAAGCUUAUCGUUAUUUGGGGGAAUAUUAUCUUACGUGUGGAGAACCGCAUAAGGCUACGCCAUUGUUAUCAGAUGCUUUAGAAAUUUUUCACUCUAUUGGAAAUAUGGCGGAAGCUGACCAAGUUAGAAAUUUGGGAGCGUUAUCUUCAGGGCUGGAACUUAUGUUUCUUUAUAUACCUUUGGUGCAAAGAACCGAUAAACGUUGCUCCGACUAUUUUAAUAAUCUGAUGAUGCUGGUAAAAUGGAAGGAUACUAGAGAACCAUUUUGGAUGGACCUAUGUAACAAUAAUGCAAAAAAAGCAGGUCUUCUUUCGGAAAUCGAAUGGGAUGAAUACUGUAAUCAAAGGAUUUCUCUGGUAGGAACUUCAACUCAAAAUAACGCAGUGGGUGAAUUGGUUAAACCUGACGUUAAUUCUGAGCUUUUUAGUAUCAUUGAAAUUAAGGCAUCAUCAUUUAAAAAACCAUCAUUGGUAGAACCUGGGGUUGAGGAAAGUGAAGAAUUGAUACCCAACGAAGUUUAUGAUGCUGCAGAAACGGAAACAAAAACAAUAUCUUAUUGUGACUUUUAGAAAAAAGCCAAAAAUUCCAAAGGGCUUUGUUAAAUAAAAGCUAUUUCAAUUAUGGCAUUAUUGGAAUACAUUUUUUUUUUAA